AUGCCUAGACCUGGACCAAGACCUUAUGAAUGUGUCAGAAGAGCUUGGCACAGUGACAGACACAAACCCAUUAGAGGUUCUCUCAUUCAAGAAAUUUUCCGACUUGUCAAUGAGGUUCAUAGCUCAGCGACUAAGAAGAACAAGGAAUGGCAAGAUAAGCUCCCUGUUGUUGUGCUGAAAGCAGAAGAGAUUAUGUACUCCAAAGCCAAUUCCGAGGCUGAAUAUAUGGACCUUAAGACACUUUGGGACAGAGCAAAUGAUGCCAUCAACACCAUAAUUCGACGCGAUGAGAGCAUGGAAACUGGAGAGCUUCUUCAACCUUGCAUUGAAGCUGCUCUCAAUUUGGGCUGCACACCAAGAAGAGCCUCAAGGAGCCAGCGGAAUUGCAGUCCGAGGUUUUACCUUAGUCCUAGCGCUCAAGAGUCCAACACUUUGUCGCCUGGUGCUUUGCACAAUGCCAUUCAGGCUAAUCAUGCAUCCAACUCACAUGUCCUACCUAGUUAUUCAAACUUGGUAAAACCCACAAUCAUGAAUUCCACUCCUUCAGGCUCAGAAUCACAAGAUUUUGCUGGCCAGAGCAAUGGUACUUCUAACAGAUUUCUUUUUACAACCGAUAACAUUCCUCCAUCUUACGGUAACCAAUGUUUAUCCUUGGAAAAUUACUGUAUACCAAGCUUGUGCUCGGUUUACCCUUUAUACUAUGGUAGUUGCCUAGAACCACACCGAGGUUGUGGAGCUCUUCCUAAGACUGUUCCUGGCACUGCAGAGCCAGUCAAGGUGGCUGUUAUGCAAAACUUUUUCCCUCGUAAUGAGGACACUCCUGUUAAAACCAGUCAAGCUGAUCACAAGGACAGUCCUUUGCAACCACAAGAAAUUGGGUGCGAUCUAUCAUUGCGGUUGGGCUCUCUCCCAGCUCCAGUGCUGAGUGUGAAAACCAAGCAGCUCGUAGAUACCAAAGAUGGUGGUCAUGUUUGUUCUCAAGAGGAUUUGCAGGUUGAUGAUUGGAUGCCACAAAUGGGUAAGGAAUUAUCUUUCUUCACUAGGGUCAACGUGGUUGAGCCGUUAGUUUUGCAUCCGAGCAAACUGAGGGAACAUAUAAAUAUAGAUGUGACAAUGAAAAAACGCAAGGCGGCGUUCGAUCACCAUGUUGAAGAUCAACAAUUUUGUUGGCAGCCAAAGCUUCCUUGUAAUCAGUUAACCAGCAGAAUGAAAAGUGCGGGUUUGUAG